CCUACCUAGUACUUUAUGCUAUGACGAGUUUGGUACCUUGCACCUUCGUCGGUCGUCCACAUUAACUCGGCAAGGGGUACCCGGCAUCCUGGAAGAAGCCGCGCAAUCCACAUUCCCCACAUGUCUACCCCAAGACCCCAAGUCCCAGUUCCAAGACCAUUCCUAUUUCUACCUACCCGUCCCUACUUUGGCGCGACUCUUUUUCUUCCACGAUGGCUAUUGGCUAUCCGUGGAAAUUUUUAGGCUUCAUGCCGCGUCGAAACAUUCUCCUCCCGAUCAUCUGCAUCGCCCUAUUAGUCGCAGUCUGGACUUUUCGUUCCUCCCCUUCAUCUAUCGACAGAUGGCUUGACGUCGCUGCAAUUCGAGGUGGCGCAUCCUCUCCGACGACUUCGCUCAAUCCCCCACCACCACCUCAAUCACACAACAAUGUCGACUUGUCAGCUCCCGAUGCGCCUUUCGUCGGCUGGCCGUUGCAAAGGGUAUGCAACGAAGCUGAGUGGGUUCCAGGUCUAGUGUUUAUCUGCGACAAUAAUUCCGGAGGCGUUGGUAAUAUAAGGAAUUAUAUACACACUUGCAUACGAUACGGUCUCGAGGCUGGAGCAACCGGACUGGUUAUGCCCAAGAUACGGAAACGCAACGAGACAGACCUAGCCGAUCUUUUCACCGACUACCUACCAUUCGACUACAUGUUCGACGAGAAACACUUCAAAGAUGCGUUCGCCGCCAACUGUCCGCAGAUCACCAUCUAUGAUUCUAUUCGGAAUAUACCGGGCGUAGGUAGCAAACCCAACAUCGAACACGUCACGCCGAAGAAGUUUGGGAAUCGCGAGGGUUGCGACUUUAGGGACCAGAAUCGCCAUACGGAUCGUUUCGGUGAUAGAUUCCGCAAAUGGCUGAACGAUUCCAAAAGUGGCCAGAAACCGCCCUCUCAAAACCGACCACGGCUAAUCCGAUUCAACUGGGGUGUGUUGUGGGACUGGCAAACCUAUCGCGAUGGACCCGAAUUUGUAAAUACAUUUGGUAGCAUCCUCAGGUUUAACGACCAGGUUCUACGUUUGGGGAAGACGGCGUUAAAGAGGAUGCACGCCUACGCGGAAGCUAACGGAGUUAAGGACGGCAAGUUUCUCGGUGUGCAUCUGAGGACGGAAAGCGACGCUCUGGGCUUCUGGCCUACGUACAAUACCCAAACAGAAGCUUACCUCAAGCAAGCCACUAAAAGGGGGUUCGAGGUAGCGUAUAUAGCUACGGGGGACUCCCUAGAGGCGCAGAAUUUUGGGGGCGCGGCCAUCGAAAUGGCACAGAUGAGGGUCGUUACCAAGGCCGACUUGCUAGACGACGAAGACUUGGACGAGCUAGACUCAUUGAGCUGGGAUCAACAGGGUCUGAUCGACUUAAUUGUCCUGCUGGGAAGCGACUACUUCGUCGGCGCUAUGCCAAGUAGUUUCUCGAUUUAUACGGCCAUGAAGCGACAUCUGAGGACGGACGGUCUAUACACAAGACCUUACAAGGUGGGUACAGAGGGAGACGCGUACUCCUAUCUCGUGGGCAACUACGAUAAAUAUUGGGAAGGUUGGCUUUAUAUGUGGGAUGGCAUGUGGCCUUAAGGUUUAAUGAUUUUGCAAUGGUUCAUCCUAUAGACAUAAAUAUUGUAAUAAGACAUUUACGAAUUUA